GGCCGUACAGAGCAAGCCCUUUUCUGAACAAACUGUCCUGCUGCGCGAGACGCUCCCUCAGUCCUCUGCCUUACACGGAAACUUUAAAAACAUCCUGAAAAACCGGGCCUUGACUUUUUUACUCCUCUGAAUACAUCCGAAGAUGGACAAUCAGAGGGGUUCUCAGUCCCACCCCAGGGAAGUAGGUGGACCGUGGCAGGGCUCGGCGAACAAUGCCACCCAUCAGAACCCCCACGGAGGCGUGAGGAGAAGACCCCAGCGCUCAUCGCACUCGGAAAGCCAUGCCUCAGAAGAACAUUUAUUCUUCCCCGAGACGUACGGGUCUGUGCAUGGCUCCAGAGGAGAGUUCGUGUGGUUCAACAGCAACAUGUACGAGCAAGCCGAGGACUACUUUCAGAGCCCGCCGAGCUCGGGGACGAGUCCGAGAGAGCAAGUCGUCCACCGCUCCCUGGUGUUCCGAGCCAAAAAGAAACCGACUCGGCCCAGUCGAGAGGAGGGGAACCCAGUCCGGUCUCGCUCCUACAGCGCUCAGAAAAACCAGCGCUCGUCCUCCGAGCCGCAGAGGGGACGCAGGAAGAGGGGUUACUCGGAGACGGAGCGUCCCACUCCGAGAAAACGGGACAACAUCAUCAUGAGUGGACUCCAGUGCCUGGCCCAGGAGAAGAUCUGGUUCGACAAAUCCAAAUAUGACGAGGCAGAGCGACGCUUCUACGAGGGAAUAAACGGUGUGCCUUCGGCUCCUCAGGAGACAGAUGCUAACGGCUUCCUGCAGGAUAUGGUUAAAGCCCGCCAGGCUAUCCAGCAGUCCCUAGCCGGAGUGAAGGCAGCGCUACAGUCGGGUAAAGCACACUCCCGUCCCCAAAAGCCUCGCGAGCGCAAGUCUAGUCAGAAUGCCAGCAAAUCAGAAGAUCAGAGCGAGCUGGUCUCCCGAGUCAAGAGCCUGGAGCUGGACAACAAGAACCUGCACAAAGUCGUGGAUGACCUGAGGGCCAUGCUGUCCAAGUUAGAGAGCAGAUUGUCCGUGUUGGAGAAGAGUCCGAGUCAGGCUCCCAAAGCAGCCGUUCCACAGGCUGCUCCGGCGCCAAGCCCCAAAGUGGUGGUGAAAGAAGAGGAAGAGGACGACGACAUCGACCUGUUCGGCAGUGACGAGGAAGACGAAGAGGCCGAGCGCAUCAAAGCACAGAGGGUGCAGGAGUACACAGCGAAGAAGGCUAAAAAACCCGCCCUUAUCGCCAAGUCCUCCAUCAUACUUGACGUCAAACCUUGGGAUGACGAGACAGACAUGGCCAAGCUGGAGGAGUGUGUUCGUUCGGUGCAGAUGGACGGUUUGCUCUGGGGUGCCUCCAAACUGGUGCCCGUCGGUUACGGCAUCAAGAAGCUGCAGAUCAACUGCGUAGUCGAGGACGACAAAGUCGGAGUCGACAUACUCGAGGAGGAAAUCACCAAAUUCGAAGACUACGUCCAGAGUGUUGAUGUUGCUGCUUUCAACAAGAUCUAAACAUUUGCUCGACAAUCAACUCAUCACCUCAAUUUCAUAUGGCUGCCUGCUGCUAUUCGAUCGCACAGAUACCAAUAAACAGUUACUAAGCCUUA